AUGGGGGGCUCGUUGCUGGGCUGGAGCCCCCAUUUUCCAAGCCUCCCCGUUGCCACACUGAGGGCGUGCGAGCCCCCCCCCCUCCGUGCUCCGGGCUCAAAGCUCCAAGUGGUUGGUGGCGAGUUCUUAACGAUUCGAUAUCCUCCUCCUCUACUGAAGAAGAAGCGUAAAGUUAUUCUCCGUGAUCGUGAAGGUGGUGGUGAACGCCUACAUCGGGAUUAUUUUGCUCCCGAUGCAGUUUAUGGGCCACAAUUAUUCCGACAUCGUUUUGGCAUGAGCCGGGCGUUAUUUCUACGCAUUGUGAAUGCGCUAGAAGUUGAUCCUUACUUCCAACAAUGUCCCGAUGCUUGUGGCCGCUUUGACUUCUCACCGAUCCAGGCACAGUGGCGAUUCGGCAACUGGCUGGCUUGGCAUGGUGCUUACACUCGAGGUGAUGAAAGCGAGCCCACUAUUAUAUUAGAGGUUGUUGCUUCACAAGAUCUGUGGAUAUGGCACGCCUUCUUCAGAGUCGUUGGCUCAAAUGACGACAUCAACCUUCUCAACCAGUCCACAUUAUUCAAUGACGUCCUAUUGGGCAAUGAAGCAGUAGUGCAGUUCAUCUCCAACAAUUUCCACCACACUAGAGGCUGCUACUUAACUGAUGGUAUCUAUCCGAACUGGCCGGUAUUUGUCAAAAGCUUCCAAUUUCCGAGCGACGAGAAGAAGCGGAGGUUUAAAAUGAUGCAAGAAGUUGCAAGGAAGGAUGUGGAACGAGCUUUUGGCGUAGCUCGUUGGGGUAUUAUCAAAGGAGAGUUUGCAGCAGCUUGGGAUGGCGACGCCGGUGAGGGAUCAAGUAGCGUUCCUCAAACACAGUUCAAUACCGGAACACCACCGAAAUUCACCACCUUUAUGGCCCAAAGCACAAACAUGAAGGACAGUCGACUGCACGCUCAUCUCCGCGAUGAUUUAGUCGAGCAUGUAUGGGCACGCUUUGGUCCCGGCGAGCCAUAG